GGAGGAGAGAAGAAGAAGAAGGAGAAGAGAUAGAGAGGCAGCUGGGUGGGGAGAUUUUCACUACACUUUCCCUCAUCUGAUAUGGCCUCCGCGUAGGAAUCUGGUGCCACGGCAACAGAGGAGCUAGGCAGCAGCGAGGUGUCUAAGGUGUGAGGAGAGAGAGAGUGCUGGAGAGAGGACAGGAGAGAGAGAACGAGAGAAUGAUGGCGGCAGAGGAGGAGAAGCCGGGUUUGAAGAGCAGCAGCUCCAUAGUUCCCUGCUUCUUGUUUGUUGAGCUGGUGAUCAUGGCAGGGACGGUUCUCCUGGCGUACUACUUUGAGUACACAGACACGUUCCCCGUGCACAUCCAGGGCUUCUUCUGCUACGACAAGACAUUCUCCAAGCCCUACCCCGGCCCGGAUGAAACCAGCAAGAUACCCCCACUGCUGGUCUACUCACUGGUUACAGGCAUCCCCUGCUUCACGAUCCUGGUGGGGGAGCUGGUGGCGUUCUUUCUGAAGGCUGAGGGGACGCAAGAGAAGACCAUAGUGACAGCAGACUGCUGCUACUUCAACCCCCUGCUGCGUCGCAUCGUCCGCUUCCUAGGGGUGUUCUCCUUCGGCCUGUUCACCACCACCAUCUUUGCCAAUGCGGGUCAGGUGGUGACAGGAAACCAGACGCCUCACUUCCUGUCUGCCUGCCGGCCUAACUACACGGCCCUGGGGUGCACAUCCAACAUGCAGUACAUCACCCAGCCCCGUGCCUGCACUGGAAACCCCCUGGUAGUGGCAUCCGCACGCAAAUCCUUCCCCUCCAAGGACGCAGCCCUCAGUGUCUACUCUGCAGUCUACACUGUGAUGUAUGUGACGCUGGUAUUCCGGACCAAAGGCACUCGGCUGACCAAGCCUACGGUCAGCCUGACCCUGCUAUGCCUGGCCAUGCUGGUGGGCGUGGUCAAGGUGGCAGAGUACCGCAACCACUGGGCUGACGUCCUGGCCGGCUUCUUCACUGGGGGAGCCAUCGCUGCGUUUCUGGUGACGUGUGUGAUCAACAACUUCCAGCAGACGAGGCCCCCUCCCCUUCCCCCGCGACCCCAGCGCCCUGAGUCGGUGCUAGGCAUGCCCAUGGUGGCUCUGCCCUGUGUGGAGAGUCCACUCGAAAAGUUAAGUGGAACUCAGACUCCGAGGGGGUCUCCUUUCACAGAGAUCACAUGACCAUCAGCCGUAUCGGUUCCCCGCCACCCCAGAUGUCCUCAUUCCGUCUCGCUCCAUUUCCAGCGAAGUCUAGACCAGCCACACGAACAUGAACACUCACACGAACACCACUGCGCCGCCCACCCGGCAGGCCGCUACUCCACCCUCUACAGAUCCUACUCCACGCAGGUCUAGACUAUCAAAACACACGCACACAAGCACAACACACACAGCAUACUCAGACCUCUACGAACCUCCCCCUAACCUUGUCCAAGCCCAAACCCCUGGGGGAACCGAAAGGUGAGCUCAUAAAGUGAGACUCACAAAGACUUAACAGCUGUCCAGCUGAACAUUCAGUACAGUGUCAGGUACAGGUAUGCCUCUUUCAUUUAGUUGUUUUCAGAGGCUUCUUUUUUGUUUUGCAGACUUUUUUUUUGAAUGUGCUUCAUUGUGUGAAGUACACAUUUCACUGACAUCACAAGGUGAUGUUUCAUCAUCUUCGUGCUUGUAAGGAGAAACUGUCAGAAUCCAUUUGAGAACUGUGUUCUUUUGUGUUUUCAACUGUCUGUCGGAGAUGUCCUCACAGGCAAUGCAGCCAGUCAUCCUGAAACAAUUCAGUCAUUUGUGUCUCUGUGCAGUUGUGCUUAAUGAACGCCCUCCGCUGGCUUUAGGGCUAAUUUUCAGUAUCCUAGAAUGAGCCAAUCAUCAAAUAUCUGCAAGAGUCAACAAACUCAAAUGUUUACGGACCAAUCACCUUCUGUAGCAACUGUGGUACUUAAUUACUGUACCUUCCAAAUACAGCAUAGAGACAACACACACAGAUCAGACCUCUCUUCAGCUCUGCACGACAUUACCCAGAUCAAAGGAUUCUGUUCAUAUCACUGAGGAGAAGACGAUACAAGAACAAACAGGAUGAAACUGCAGACGGUUUAUUUUUCUCCGCUUUCGAUUGGUUGCAGCUGCCGCAAGUCAGCAUGAAAUAGAUACAGAUUUGGUAAGACCGGAUGAGACACAUUUUGAAAUACAUCACAAGUGACAGGACAUGAGCUUUGUACAGUACAAAACAUUUUAUUUUACACUCAAUGUAUCUGGACAGGGAACCUUGGUUACCAAAGCUUUGUCAUUGUGAUGUCACUAAAAUACUUGUUUACUUACACCCCCCCUUUUGCCUGGAAUGGAACGGAUCACAUCGGCAUGGAACGGAUCACAUCGGCAUGGAACGGAUCACAUCGGCAUGGAACGGAUCACAUCGGAAUGGAACGGAUCACAUCGGAAUGGAACGGAUCACAUCGGCAUGGAACGGACCACAUCGGCAUGGAACGGACCACAUCGGCAUGGAACGGAUCACAUCGGCAUGGAACGGACCACAUCGGCAUGGAACGGAUCACAUCGGAAUGGAACGGAUCACAUCGGCAUGGAACGGAUCACAUCGGAAUGGAACGGAUCACAUCGGCAUGGAACGGACCACAUCGGAAUGGAACGGAUCACAUCGGAAUGGAACGGAUCACAUCGGAAUGGAACGGAUCACAUCGGCAUGGAACGGACCACAUCGGCAUGGAACGGACCACAUCGGAAUGGAACGGAUCACAUCGGCAUGGAACGGAUCACAUCGGAAUGGAACGGAUCACAUCGGCAUGGAACGGAUCACAUCGGCAUGGAACGGACCACAUCGGCAUGGAACGGACCACAUCGGCAUGGAACGGACCACAUCGGCAUGGAACGGACCACAUCGGCAUGGAACGGACCACAUCGGCAUGGAACGGACCACAUCGGCAUGGAACGGACCACAUCGGCAUGGAACGGACCACAUCGGCAUGGAACGGACCACAUCGGCAUGGAACGGAUCACAUCGGCAUGGAACGGAACGCCACACUGGAAAACCAAGAUUCCCUGUCUCUGGGCUGUAGAGAGAUAUUAUUGGACUUUGCCUAUUCAUGUGAUAAUGUGAUUUUUUUUAUGAGGAGAUUGAUCGUAGAUGUAUUUAUUUGAUGUGUAUAUAUGGUGUGGUUACCACAAACAGUUUCAUUUUCAUUUGCACAGCCCUCACUCAUAUCCAGUGGUGUAGAGUACUUAAGUAAAAAUACUUUAAAGUACUACUUACUGUAAGUAGUUUUUUGGGGUAUCUGUACUUUACUAUUUAUAUUUUGCCUACUUUUACUUGACUACAUUCCUGAAGAAAAUGAUUUACUUUUUACUCCAUACAUUUUCCCUGACACCCAAAUAUUUUUUUUAUGCUUAGUAGGACAGGAAAAUGGUCAAAUUCAUGCACUCAUCAAGAGAACAUCCCUGGUCAUCCCUACUGCCUCUGAUCUGGAGGAGUCACGAAACACAAAUGCUUUGUUUGUAAAUUAUGUGAGUGUUGUAGUGUGCCCUUGGCUAUCCAUAAAUUAAAAAGAUUUGCUUAAUAUAAGGAAUUUGAAAUGAUUUAUACUUUUACGUUUAACUAAGGAUAUUUUAGCAAUUACAUUUACUUUUGAUACUUAAGUAUAUUUAAAACCAAAUACUUUUUUUCAUUUUUACUUGAGCCAUUUUCUGUUAAGGUAUCUUUACUUCUACUCAAGUAUGCUCAUAUCUCACCCUCCACUCCCCACUCCCUCCCACUGGCAUAUGGUUUUCUACCACUGUUUGGUUCUCUCCUUUGUGUUGUAUCCUGACUAUACCGUCACUGUGCUGUGUAAUGUUUCCCUCUGCUGGACAACACACACACACGAAAACGCUCAUAAGAAAACAUACAUUUAAUAUUGACAAACUAAAAUAACCAAAAUACACACACUUUUGGAUGUACAUACACAUACUCACCCAACGAAACCAACAAACACACACACUCACUUACCUCUCCUAAUCUCUAGGCUAUACCUCCCCUCUUUCCCACUUUCUUACACUUAAACCUAUUUGUAUGGUUUUGUAAAUAGUUAUUUUUUGUAAUGAGAAUGUGAUUUUUACACAGACACCCCACUGCACUCCUUACAUUAAGUUGUUAUGGAGAAAUGGGAACAUUAAUUGUAUCAACUUUAUUACUGAAGACAAGAGUGUAUGUAAAGGUCCUGGUCCACUCUAAAUCAGGCCUGGAUUGGACCUCUCCUCGUCCCAAACUGGCAGCCAUUCUGCAUCAAACCAGGUGCCCUCCCGGACCAAGGUUGGAGUCAACCAAAGAUGGCUCGUGGUUCUAUGCUAACAAUAGAAUCCCCUCAUGGUUUAGUUUCUCUUGUAAUAGUUCACCUGCCAUCCCAUAUUGGGCCAGUAACCAAAAUGUUGCUGGAUCGAAUCCCCGAGCUGACAAAGUAAAAAUCUGUGGUUCUGCCCCUGAGCAAGGCAGUUAACCCACUCUUCCCCGGGCAACGAUGACAUCGAUUAAGGCAGCCCCCCCUGUGCCUCUCUGAUUCAGAGGGGUUGGGUUGAAUGCAUUCAGUUGUACAGCUGACUAGGUAUCCCCCUGUGAAUGCAUUCAGCAGCACAGCUGACUAGGUGUCCCCCUGUGAAUGCAUUCAGCAGUACAGCUGACUAGGUAUCCCCCUGUGAAUGCAUUCAGCAGUACAGCUGACUAGGUAUCCCCCUGUGAAUGCAUUCAGCAGUACAGCUGACUAGGUGUCCCCCUGUGAAUGCAUUCAGCAGUACAGCUGACUAGGUAUCCCCCUGUGAAUGCAUUCAGCAGCACAGCUGACUAGGUGUCCCCCUGUGAAUGCAUUCAGCAGUACAGCUGACUAGGUAUCCCCCUGUGAAUGCAUUCAGCAGUACAGCUGACUAGGUGUCCCCCUGUGAAUGCAUUCAGCAGUACAGCUGUCUAGGUGUCCCCCUGUGAAUGCAUUCAGCAGUACAGCUGACUAGGUAUCCCCCUGUGAAUGCAUUCAGCAGCACAGCUGACUAGGUAUCCCCCUGUGAAUGCAUUCAGUUGUACAGCUGACUAGGUAUCCCCCUGUGAAUGCAUUCAGUUGUACAGCUGACUAGGUAUCCCCCUGUGAAUGCAUUCAGCAGUACAGCUGACUAGGUGUCCCCCUGUGAAUGCAUUCAGCAGUACAGCUGUCUAGGUGUCCCCCUGUGAAUGCAUUCAGCAGUACAGCUGACUAGGUGUCCCCCUGUGAAUGCAUUCAGUUGUACAGCUGACUAGGUGUCCCCCUGUGAAUGCAUUCAGCAGUACAGCUGACUAGGUGUCCCCCUGUGAAUGCAUUCAGCAGUACAGCUGACUAGGGGUCCCCCUAUGAAUGCAUUCAGCAGUACAGCUGACUAGGUGUCCCCCUGUGAAUGCAUUCAGCAGUACAACUGACUAGGUGUCCCCUUGUGAAUGCAUUCAGCAGUACAGCUGACUAGGUGUCCCCCUGUGAAUGCAUUCAGCAGUACAACUGACUAGGUGUCCCCCUGUGAAUGCAUUCAGCAGUACAGCUGACUAGGUGUCCCCCUGUGAAUGCAUUCAGUUGUACAGCUGACUAGGUAUCCCCCUGUGAAUGCAUUCAGCAGUACAGCUGACUAGGGGUCCCCCUAUGAAUGCAUUCAGCAGUACAGCUGACUAGGUGUCCCCCUGUGAAUGCAUUCAGCAGUACAACUGACUAGGUGUCCCCUUGUGAAUGCAUUCAGCAGUACAGCUGACUAGGUGUCCCCCUGUGAAUGCAUUCAGCAGUACAGCUGACUAGGUGUCCCCCUGUGAAUGCAUUCAGCAGUACAGCUGACUAGGUAUCCCCCUGUGAAUGCAUUCAGCAGUACAGCUGACUAGGUGUCCCCCUGUGAAUGCAUUCAGCAGUACGGCUGACUAGGUGUCCCCCUGUGAAUGCAUUCAGCAGUACAGCUGUCUAGGUGUCCCCCUGUGAAUGCAUUCAGCAGUACAGCUGACUAGGUGUCCCCCUGUGAAUGCAUUCAGCAGUACAGCUGUCUAGGUGUCCCCCUGUGAAUGCAUUCAGCAGUACGGCUGACUAGGUGUCCCCCUGUGAAUGCAUUCAGCAGUACAGCUGUCUAGGUGUCCCCCUGUGAAUGCAUUCAGCAGUACAGCUGACUAGGUGUUCUUUCCCUAUACACCAAAGUCAGUGAAUUAGGACAAAGUGCACUGUAUACUACUAUCACAAUCUUGAGGGGUCUGUUGCUUUUACAUUCAAGUCAUUUAGCAGACACUUUCAUCCAGAGCGACUUACAGAAGCAAUUGUGGUUAAGUGCCUUGCUCAAGGGCACAUUGUCAUCUCUGGGAUUCGAACCAGUGACCUUUCAGUUACUGGCCCAGCGCUCUUAACUGCUAGGCCAAAACUGAUAGCAGCUACAAAAUACUACACAGAUGGCUUGACUAUGUUUGGGUCAGAAUGUGUGUUCCUUGGUGCACAUACAAUACAUCUGCAGUUAGAUUUAGUUCUAUUUUAAAAUAAUAAGACGAUAAAUAAUGCAGUAACAAAGGAAAGUGUUCUGAGUUUUAACACUUCAUUUCAUCUUGUUACAACGUACCUUCUGUUUUGUAAAGAUUUGUCUGAUGAGAACAAUAAAUGGAUAUUGAAAUAAAAAGGAUGUUGAGUGUUCGCUCUUGCCUUUUAUGAGGGCAGGACACAUUAUGUUUUACUGUCAUUGAUUUUAUCCUUUGACCAAUCACAAUGCUGAUUGUGGCUCAAACGUGGCCCAGGAUGUGGAUCAUAGCCAACAGGAAUGUCUUGUACUUUUUAAUCAAUGUUCUCGUUUUAUUUUCUUUAUUGGACAUAAUAUGCACUUCUGCCUCAGCAACAAUCUCUAAAGGUUUGAGAAGAACAUAAUAGUAGAGAUAUGCAUUACAUGUAAAUCAUUUAUAUUAUUAGUCAAUGCAGAGCUGCAAAGUUUGAGUUGAUAACUCUCUAACCUCUGUGAAUAUACAAGUUGUUUUGGAAGAUUAAAUAUUCACUUACCUUUUGAAAAUCUUCCUCUGAUUUGUCAUCCAAAGGGUCCCAGCUAUAACAUGUAGUGUCAUUUUGUUAGAUAAAAUAAUU